UCUCCACUUAUCCUGUUUAUUUCUGUAGCAGCUACACAGAAAUGCCAUAAUUCUACUGUCACUCUAAAUAGAGGGGAACUUCUUAAAGGAAUAACUUUUUAUCCUUACAGAGAGAAAAAUAACUCAGAAAAUGUUUCAGAGCUGGCACACAACUUACUGGAUAUAGUAGGUCUCAGUUUUUGAAAAGUGGAUUUUUAUUUUUUUUAUAAUAGGAUUUCUAGAAACAUUGAAAACAUUUUUCUUUUCAAAUUGUUAAACUUGCAACUUCAAGAAAGUUGAAUUUGGUUUUUUGUUGUUUUUUUUUUUGGGCGAGGGGAGGUAUAAUUUAUUGUUUUUUAAACUGAGAACUUUAACAGAGAUUUUGCAAUGUCAGUUGUGGUAGUUGAACUGGAUAAUCUUUCUCCAGAAGACACUGAGAGUGAAAAUGAUGCCAAGUCCGUUUCUGGUAAAGCCAAAUCCAAUGAACUACAUGUUGAUUGCUUCAGUCUUAAACUUCACUACUCACACUCUUCACCUGCUGGUAUGAACACAAGCAGGAGUGAGACAGUGAAAGAGCCUCCAUUGAAGCCCUCUAGAAGAUCCAUGCCAUGCUUAGCACAGAGCCAAACACACCCUCACAGUCUGAGCAAACAUUCUUCAUUUCUUCAGCCAAAUAGGCUCCAGCCACAGGCUCGGCCUCUGAGUGCAGGCACUUCAACAGCUACAGUCAACGUAGUGUCAGAACGAGCUAAAGUGAUGGAGACCCUGGAAAACAACUUACUCAAGUUGUCUAAUACAGAAUACAGUGAUCCAUUGUUAGAUAUAGGAAAAGACAAAGAUACAUAUACAGAUGAUUCAGAACAUGGGAAUUAUGAUUCUCGCACAGAUCAGUCACUGCUUAUUCAAAACACAGUUACCAGACAGAAACCAGAACCUCGGAUUAAGUCAUCUUUGAAGAAUGAGAUGAAUGCCAUAGCAUCAUCAGGCCUCUUCUUCAAAGAUGGUAAAAAGCGCAUUGAUUACAUCUUGGUCUAUAAAAAGUCAAGUCUACAAAUAGAAAAAAGAAACACUUUUGAAAAGAACCUGAGGGCAGAGGGCUUAAUGUUAGAAAGAGAGCCAGCUAUUACAAGCACCGAUAUAAUGUUUGUUAAAAUUCACUGUCCAUGGGAUACGUUGUGCAAAUAUGCAGAAAGAAUGAACAUCAGGAUGCCUUUCAGGAAAAAGUGUUAUUACACUGACUGGAGGAGCAAAACCAUGGGCAGUUUGCAGAGGAAUAUCAGAGAGCUGAAAAGUUGGUUGCCCAGAAAUCCAAUGAAGCUUGACAAAGAGGCCCUCCCUGACCUGGAAGAGACAGAUUGUUACACAGCACCCUUUAGUCGAGCGCGGAUCCACCACUUUACAAUAAACAACAAAGAUAGCUUCUUCAGCAACUCCACAAGAAGUAGAAUAGUGCACCACAUGCUACAGAGAACGAAGUAUGAAGAUGGCAAAUCAAAAAUGGGUAUUAAUAGAUUACUCAGUAAUGGAACAUAUGAAGCUGCAUUUCCACCACAUGAGGGAAGCCACAAGAGCAGACAUCCCAUCAAAACACAUGGAGCUCAAAAUCACAGACACCUAUUAUAUGAGCGCUGGGCACGGUGGGGAAUGUGGUACAAAUACCAGCCUCUGGAUUUAAUCAGGCGGUAUUUUGGUGAAAAAAUUGGUCUUUAUUUUGCUUGGUUGGGAUGGUACACUGGAAUGCUCAUUCCUGCCGCACUUGUCGGGCUGUUUGUUUUCCUUUAUGGAUUGUUUACCAUGGAUUCUAGCCAAGUAAGCAAAGAGAUCUGCGAGGCAAAUGAAACCAUCAUGUGCCCUAUGUGCGAACGCAAUUGCACGCUACAGAAACUCAAUGAAAGCUGCAUAUAUGCGAAGGUUACACAUUUGUUCGAUAAUGGAGGGACUGUCUUCUUUGCUAUUUUUAUGGCAAUAUGGGCUACAGUGUUUCUAGAGUUUUGGAAAAGGCGGAGAGCUGUGCUCACCUAUGACUGGGAUCUCAUAGACUGGGAGGAUGAAGAGGAAGAGCUGCGCCCCCAGUUUGAAGCGAAAUACUCCCAAGUGGAACGAGUAAAUCCCAUCACAGGAAAACCUGAACCUUUUCAACCCUUCCCUGAUAAACUUAGUCGACUGAUGGUGUCUGUCUCAGGAAUAUUCUUCAUGAUUUCUUUGGUACUCACUGCAGUGUUUGCAGUUGUGGUCUAUCGCCUGGUAGCUAUGGAACAAUUUGCAUCCUUCCAGUGGUAUUUUAUCAAAAAGUACUGGCAGUUUGCAACAUCUGGCACUGGAGUCUGUAUCAAUUUCAUGAUCAUCAUGUCACUUAAUGUAGUAUAUGAAAAAGUUGCCUAUCUCCUAACAGAUUUAGAGCAUCCUAGAACAGAAUCUGAAUGGGAAAACAGUUUUGCCUUGAAAAUGUUCCUCUUCCAGUUUGUCAACUUAAACAGCUCAAUCUUUUAUAUUGCUUUUUUCCUUGGCAGAUUUGCAGGCCGGCCAGGAAAAUACAACAAACUUUUUAAUAGAUGGAGACUGGAAGAGUGUCAUCCUAGUGGCUGUUUAAUAGAUCUCUGCUUGCAGAUGGGAGUUAUCAUGGUUUUAAAACAAAUGUGGAACAACUUCAUGGAACUGGGUUAUCCGUUACUACAGAACUGGUGGUCACGACGCAAGAUCAAGAAAGGAGGGCAGUUAUUGGAGCAUAAAAUUUCACUACCUCAAUGGGAAAAAGAUUGGAAUCUGCAGCCAAUGAAUCUCCAUGGCUUAAUGGAUGAGUACUUAGAGAUGGUUUUACAGUUUGGCUUUACCACCAUCUUUGUUGCUGCCUUCCCACUGGCACCUCUCCUGGCAUUGCUUAACAAUAUUAUAGAAAUAAGACUAGAUGCUUACAAGUUUGUUACCCAGUGGAGGAGACCUAUGCCUGCAAGAGCAACAGAUAUAGGUAUCUGGUAUGGAAUCCUUGAAGGAAUUGGAGUCCUGGCUGUCAUCACUAAUGCAUUUGUUAUUGCAAUUACUUCUGACUAUAUCCCACGUUUUGUCUAUGCAUACAAAUAUGGCCCUUGUACAGAUGAAGGAUACAGACAGGAAAAAUGUUUAAAGGGAUAUGUCAACAGUAGUUUAUCAGUAUUUGAUCUGAAUGAGCUUGGUAUGGGAUACUCAGGAUACUGCAGAUAUCGAGACUACAGAGCGCCGCCCUGGAGUUCAGCUCCUUAUGAGUUCACCUUGCAGUUCUGGCAUGUCCUAGCUGCUCGGCUGGCUUUCAUUAUAGUAUUUGAGCACCUUGUUUUUGGAAUAAAGUCUUUCAUUGCCUACCUGAUCCCAGACAUGCCCAAAGACUUGUGUGACAGAAUGAGAAGAGAGAAAUACUUGGUCCAGGAAAUGAUGUAUGAGGCUGAAUUAGAGCAUUUGCAGAGAGAGCGGAAAAAGAAUGGGAAACAGUAUCACCACGAAUGGCCUUAGUUGAUACCAUAUAGCAGCAAAAACAUUCCAUGAAAAUUGACUAGUGCAGGUCUCAAAUGAAGGUAGAUCUGGCAAUGAGGAGCAAUGUGUAUAUAUGCUACUAUUGGAAAAUAUAUUAACAGGCUUUUCUGGGUCCUGGAAAAUACAUGCUUCCAAUGAAGAAAAUGAAUAGCCAUAUCUGUCACUGGUCCAUGGUCAAUACCAGGAGUUGCUAUCAGUUCAUUAGAAAGUGUAAUAAGGGAUUGAGCACUUGAAUGCAUCAGUAAAGCAACUUGCAAUGAACUUCCAUGCUAUUCACCAAGUCAUCAACAGCAUAAUGAAAAUAAAUACGUUGCCUAUAAAACUUUCAUAUUAAGGGCAUGACUCAAAAACAAGUUAUAUAUUAUCUGCUACUUCUAAAGCUUUUGAUUGCUCAAUUGAAAUUGUAAUGCCUAUGAAAAAAAAGUAUGAUUAAUUGUUGCCUUUGUGGCCAUAAAUUGAUGUUAAUGAUCCUUCAAGCUUACUGUUUGUCAGGUUUGUUUUAGUCUUUUGGUGAGAUUGUGGAUGUGGUCCUGAUCUAAACGGGGACACAAGGCUGUUCGAUAUAUACUAUGCAGUUCAAGGUUGGCACAUCACUUCUCAUCCAUCUAUCUUUAUAGAUAAAGCCAAAAAAUUCUAAAUUCAAAGAAAUAUCAGUUCCAUUGAAAGACUACAUCAAUUCAUUGCCCAUGUUGCAGCUAUAUUUGAAAAGAAAUGUGACUAUUUGAAUUGUCUUGCCAUUUUUGUAUGCAAAAAGGCCAUCUCCAUAUACUUCCAGACUAAAUGAAGAAUCAUUUCCAUGCUAAAUGUAGCAUGCAGAUGAAUAACUAUGUCAAUAUUAUGUUGGUCUACCUAGAUAGUGAUUCUAUGACUUCAUAAAACGUUGACUUGAAAUUUC